ACUAUGAACGACAACUCAAGAAGAUCCUCAAGCAGCUCCGCAAGACGUUUGACACUGACGAGCAUCUUCACAAGACUGAACGUCAGUUCAACAACUGCGUUCAGGGCACUGACUCUGUCUACGUCUUCAUCGAACGUCUAGAAGACCUUAGUUCUGAACUCUACCAUCUCGGUUCCCCGGUCUUGGAGUAUAAGAUGAAGUGGAAGCUCUACAAUGGUCUCAAAGGCUCUGAAUUACGACUUCGUGUCAACGAUUACCUCGACGACAGGGAAGUCGACUAUAUGGAGUUCAAAGAAGUCGUAUUACGUCAGCAUAGACGUAUGGCCAACAUCAACGAGACUACUGAGAGCUCCCGGUCUUUCGACAAGAAGGCCAGAGACGACUCUAGAGGUAGCUAUGGUAGACGAAGUGAAGACAGUGGUUAUCGUAAUCGCCGACCUUGGCAACGACAAACCUCUUACUCUAGACGUGAGUCUGUCAACUCGGUCGAGGCUGGUUACUCCACAGAUGACAACGAGACCCGUGAGCAUCACGUCAAUAUGGGACGUGAUCUUUCUGGUAUGAAAUGUUAUCGAUGUCUCAAACGUGGACAUUCUGCUAAAGAUUGUCAACAACCAGAACCAGCCGAGCUCUCAGCACGUUGUCGAAUCUGUGGCAACCCACAACAUCAAGCCGACACGUGCAGAAUCAAGAGCGACAAAUUAAUCUGCCAUCGCUGCAAUAAUCCUGGUCAUUUGGCUUACGUAU